AGAGCUGGAGUUCAAGCCUUCAGCCUCUGCCCACGGGUGCAGCCAUGGAUCCCCUAUCGCCACAGCCCAACUGGACUGAGAUUGUGAACAAAAAGCUCAAAUUCCCCCCCACACUCCUGCGUGCUAUCCAGGAGGGCCAGCUGGGUCUUGUGCAACAGCUGCUAGAAUCGGGCUCCGAUGCCUUGGGUGCUGGGCCAGGUGGUCCCCUGCGGAAUGUGGAAGAGUCUGAGGACCGCUCCUGGAGGGAAGCUCUCAAUCUGGCUAUCCGCCUGGGCCACGAGGUCAUCACUGAUGUUCUGCUGGCCAAUGUCAAGUUUGACUUCCGGCAGAUCCACGAAGCCUUGCUAGUGGCCGUGGACACAAACCAGCCAGCGGUAGUGCGUCGCCUGCUAGCUCGGCUGGAGCGGGAGAAAGGUCGAAAAGUAGACACCAAGUCUUUCUCUCUAGCCUUCUUUGACUCGUCAAUUGAUGGCUCCCGCUUUGCCCCUGGUGUCACUCCACUCACGCUGGCCUGCCAGAAGGACCUGUAUGAGAUUGCCCAGCUGCUUAUGGACCAGGGCCACACGAUUGCUCGGCCCCACCCAGUUUCCUGUGCCUGCCUCGAGUGCAGCAAUGCCCGCAGAUACGACCUGCUGAAGUUCUCACUAUCCCGGAUCAACACUUACCGAGGCAUCGCAAGCCGGGCUCACCUCUCACUGGCCAGUGAGGAUGCCAUGCUGGCCGCCUUUCAGCUCAGUCGGGAGCUCAGGCGCCUUGCACGAAAGGAGCCUGAGUUUAAGCCGCAAUACAUCGCCCUGGAGUCUCUCUGCCAGGACUAUGGGUUUGAGUUGCUGGGCAUGUGCCGGAAUCAGAGUGAGGUCACUGCAGUGCUUAAUGACCUGGGCGAGGAUAGUGAGACUGAGCCUGAGGCUGAGGGCCUGGGCCAGGCCUUUGAGGAGGGCAUCCCCAACCUGGCAAGACUGCGGUUGGCUGUCAACUACAACCAGAAACAGUUUGUAGCACACCCCAUCUGCCAGCAAGUUCUGUCUUCCAUCUGGUGUGGGAACCUGGCUGGCUGGCGUGGAAGUACCACCAUCUGGAAGCUCUUUGUUGCCUUCCUCAUCUUCCUCACCAUGCCCUUCCUCUGCAUCGGCUACUGGCUGGCGCCCAAGUCCCGGCUGGGCCGUCUGCUGAAGAUCCCAGUGUUGAAGUUCCUGCUGCAUUCUGCCUCCUAUCUGUGGUUCCUUAUCUUCUUGCUGGGAGAGUCUCUGGUCAUGGAGACUCAGCUGAGCACCUUCAAAGGCCGCAGCCAGAGUGUCUGGGAGACCUCACUACAUAUGAUUUGGGUCACAGGCUUCCUGUGGUUUGAGUGUAAGGAGGUGUGGAUCGAGGGCUUGCGAAGCUACCUCCUGGACUGGUGGAACUUCCUGGACGUGGUCAUCCUCUCCCUGUACUUGGCAUCGUUUGCGCUGCGCCUCCUCCUGGCUGGGCUUGCCUACAUGCACUGUCAUGAUGCCUCGGACAGCACCGCCUGCCGCUAUUUCACCACAGCUGAGCGAAGUGAGUGGCGCACAGAGGAUCCCCAGUUCCUGGCCGAGGUGCUCUUUGCUGUCACCAGCAUGCUCAGCUUCACCCGACUGGCGUAUAUUCUGCCAGCUCAUGAAUCGCUGGGCACUCUGCAGAUCUCCAUUGGCAAGAUGAUUGACGACAUGAUGCGGUUCAUGUUCAUCCUCAUGAUCAUCCUGACGGCCUUCCUCUGUGGCCUCAACAACAUCUAUGUGCCCUAUCAGGAAUCGGAGAAGCUAGGCAAUUUCAACGAAACGUUCCAGUUUCUCUUCUGGACCAUGUUCGGCAUGGAAGAACACUCAGUGGUGGACAUGCCUCAGUUCUUGGUGCCUGAGUUCGUGGGCCGGGCCAUGUAUGGCAUCUUUACCAUCGUCAUGGUCAUUGUGCUACUCAACAUGCUGAUUGCCAUGAUCACCAACUCCUUCCAGAAGAUCGAGGAUGAUGCUGAUGUGGAGUGGAAGUUUGCUCGCUCCAAGCUCUACCUGUCGUACUUCCGAGAGGGUCUGACGCUGCCUGUGCCCUUUAACAUCCUGCCGUCCCCAAAGGCUGCCUUCUACCUCCUCAGGAGAAUUUUCCGGUUCAUUUGCUGUGGCUCCUCCUGCUGCAAAGCCAAGAAGUCGCACUUCCCGCCAAUCCCAACUUUUACCAACCCUGGGGCAAGGGCGGGGUCUGGGGAAGGAGAGCGUGUGUCCUACCGCCUUCGAGUCAUCAAGGCUCUGGUACAGCGUUACAUAGAGACUGCCCGGCGAGAGUUCGAGGAGACCCGUCGGAAAGACCUGGGCAACAGACUGACAGAGCUGACCAAGACUGUGUCUCGACUGCAAAGCGAGGUGGCCAGUGUGCAGAAGACUCUGGCCACGGGAGGGACACCACGGCCUCCAGAUGGUGCCAGCAUCCUCAGUAGAUACAUCACCCGAGUGCGCAACAGCUUCCAGAACCUGGGCCCCCCUACCUCUGACACCCCAGCAGAGCUGACUAUGCCUGGGAUUGUGGAGACUGAAGUCUCUUUAGAAGAUGGCCUUGAUGCUACAGGAGAGGCUGGGACUCCGGCUUCUGGAAAGUCCAGCCCCUCCUCCUCUGCCCAUGUGCUGGUACACAGGGAGCAAGAAGCAGAGGGGGCAGAGGACUUGCCCCUGGAGGAAGAUCUGGAGACCAAGGGCGAGUCCUAAAGCCACAGAAGGGUCUCUUCUGUUACUAAGUGCAGCAGCCUAGCUGGGUAGAGCCAGGGUCUCACAGUAGAAGACCAUGGUGCCUUUU